CAACAAUUGGUAUCAGAGCAAGGGCUCCAAUUUGAAGGUUUAACCACCUAGGAGUUGAUCGGGAAUGGCUCAAUUUCUAUCUUCUCAACCACUUGAAGUGGUGAGAAAGGUUCUUAGAAGCUUGCUUAAGAGUUGGGAUGCCAAGAAGACGACAAUUGAAGAAUCUAAGGAUCUCAACACUCUCAAGCUUGAAGAUCUCAUUGGUAAAUUGAUGACAUAUGAGAUAGAAGUGCAAGGUGAUGGUGGAGUUGAAGUAGUUGAGAAGAAGAAGAAUAAUAUUGCUUUCAAGGCUAGCAACCAAAAGAAAGAGACUGAAGAUGAUGCUAGUAAUUAUGAGUCUAGCAAUGAGGAGGACAUCACCAAAUUGAUUUCAAAGGAAGUGAAGAGAUUCAUGAAGAAGAACAUCAAGAGCAAGCUUGCAAGAAGAGAUGAAGGAGAAUCCACCAAAAAGAGUGUGAAAUGCUAUGAGUGCAACAAGAUGGGGCACUAUAGAAAUGAAUGCCCCAAAUUGAAGAAAGGUGAGAAGAAAGACAAGAAGAAGAAGAAAGCAUUUGCCGCCACUUGGAGCGAUGAUGAAACUAGCUCAACGGAAAGUGAAAGCUCCUUGGAGAAAGGUGUUGCAAAUCUUUGCUUCAUGGCUUAAGAGGAUGACAACAAUGAUGAGGAGGUUCAGCUUCAAUGCAAAAUGAAGCUGGAGUCCAUGCGGUUCAAGUUAUGUAAGGCUUCACUGGAAAAAGAAAUUCUUUAGGGGGCAUUGGAUUUGAUUAUUCUAAAAAGCAAAAGACUUUUAAGACUACUUUUGUAAGAGCAAGUCAAUCAUAUCAUCCUAAUGUUACUUGCUAUUGUUGUGGUGCAAAUGGACACUUUGCCUAUGUAUGUCCUUUGAAGAGAUUGAUAGCUCAAGGUAAAGUGAAGCAAAUUUGGGUUCCAAAAGGAACUUUAAGCACUAACUCUCAUGGACCCAAGCAAAUUUGGGUACCAAAAAUCAAAACUUAAUUUUCUU